CUUUAAAAUUCCUCUGAAUAAGCAGAGGUGAGCAACUGUAUAUAAAAUGAACUCUGAAUGCAGCAAAGAAAUGAAUUAUCAACAAUUCGUUCAAGCUUUACCUAAGCUGUUCGCAGAAAGAUACAAAGAUCAAAUCGAAAAGUUAAACAUGAGAAUACUAGAGAUAAAGAAAAUUUAUAGAGAUAAGAAAAAGAAAUUUGCUGCCUCAUUAGCAGAAAAUGAGGACAUCUUGCUCGAUCUUUACGAGGAAUUAAAAGGAAUUGAUGAUAAUUCAGCAAGGACCAAUAAAGAGGAGACCAAAGACGGCCCGGGUAACAAUAGCAGCGCAAAUAACCAAGAGACUGGCCAACAAAAUCUUGAAAAUAAGCAAGAGAAAAGUAUAAACACAAAUCCAGGUCCUUCAAAAGAAGACAUUAAUAUCCAAGCUUCUGAUGACACCCCUAUAAACCCCAAAAUUAAAAGCCCAAGGAAGAAUAUACCUCCUUACCAUCCUCCUUCAUCUCUAUCUCGCAACCCUAAGCUAAGCCCCCAACCAAAAAAGACUAUAAACAAGGAUCUAGAAAUCCUCCAGUCAGAUUCCCAACCCCCUGAUCCUCCCCUCGACCAAGCUGAGCACCCAUCCGAAUCCAUCAUGACCAAACACAAAGCUAAAAUAAAGUACAUAGUGGCUACAAAGUUUAAUAAAGAUAAUGAGAACCCAGAAGUUACGAUACUUAAGAAAGAAAAGGAGAGAAUUCUUCAGGAGAUAGAAGAGACUUCUGGAAAGCUUAAAGAUAGAAGGUUACUCCAGGAAGAAGCUAAUGACUGUGUAGAGAGGAAUUAUGAGCAAUGGAAAGAUAUGGCGGCUGAGAGUAUAGCCCUUCCUUUCAACACUAAAGUUAAGGACUUAGGCGAGCUUGCCAAGCCAGGAAAGAAAUACAGAUUCAAGCCGAAUGUUUCAAUGGAUGAGAUUAAAGAACAAGUCGCGCAAAUUAAAAGGAGAAGGGAAAGGCAAAAAUUAAAGCAAGUCUUUGAAGCGAAACAACGAUAUGAGAAAGGUAGGAAGUUUAUUAAGAAAGAGCACGAAAGAUUAAUCAAGAAGAAACACGCAAUGGAAAAUAUUUAUCAGGAUAAUAUAUCUCCUUAUGAGGAUGAACAAGCAGACUCUCCUAGAGAUCAUCUAUAUCUUAUCAUCCCUAAAAAUCCAAAGAAGUUUGAUCAAAAUAAAAGUGUCCAAAAUUAUUCCAGAGAAAGAAAUUUAAUAAGAAAAAGUUCAAUAAUAUCUGUUGAGAAUAAUUCUAGCGAGUCUAUUAGAAAUAAUCUUUACAAUCAGAAACAGAGAGGUUUUGAUAGACCAAUAAGAAUGCAGGAUUUAUCUCAAAGUGUUUCUAAGCCGAGAGAGAGAAGUAAAAGAUUGUAUAAUCGCAAGAAUGAAAUAUACUUACCCAAUAUUUCAAAGAAUCCUUCUCCAAAUAGAGGAAGAUCAUUAAUUCAUACACAUGAUGCUUCAGUUCCAAAUAUUAGGAAUAUUCCAAGUUUAGGAAACAAAAAGCCUUCUAUCGAAAACUACAGAAAAAUAAACUCUAAGCUUGGAAAAGAAGGUGCUAGUAGAAAACUUCGAAACCCCUUGAAACCCCAUCGAAACCAACAAGUCGACUUAUCAAUCCACUAGAAUAACCCUCAAUAACACA